UUGUGACGGGGCGCAGUUCCGGUGCUGCAGCGUUGACUCGUUUGUUUCCGCUUUCCAGCAUGAGACGGUCUACACAAGUUCUAUAGAGCUCAGCAAGAUAUUUGCCAUCCAGGUAGAGAUUCUGGCCGCCCGCGGAAAGUCACACUGCAGAGACAAAGCAUCAGCAGACAAGCGGGGCGGCUGUGGCAGCAACAUGCGCGGCAUCAUAGCAGCAUACACAAGCGCUACGCUGCUGGCGCUGCUUUUGGUUACAUGGCUCACACACUCCUCGGCGACUACCUGCGCGCCCUCGCUCGGCUCCGGUACCCCGACGCGCCUCUCGACGCUCAGUGCCGCGGCUGUGGCCGGGGGUUCGCUUCAGCUGACAACCGAUGCUGUUUGGGACUUUGAGGGGAGACCUGGCGUGCUGACCGGGACACCAGGCACCGCCGUGAACCUGUCCUGCCUCACAGCCCUCAACGCCACCGUGGCGGCCCCCUCGGCGGCGGCGGGGAGUGUGUUCCUGCAGCCCACGGCGCUGGACUUGUCUGCGGCGUCGGGCCUCAGCAUGGCCGGCGUCAGCCUCAGCACCGACUGCGCCACAGUGCUGGCAUACCAGCAGUACCUGUGCACGUCGCUGCGCGCAGCAGGCAGCCUGACGAUUGAGCCAGGCGUGGUUCGUUUCGGCCGCUGGCGUGACGGCUUCACGUCUCUGGACAACGUGAACCUCACCUGCGCCACGUCGGCGGGCGCGGCGGCAGUGGCUGUGCCUUGCCGUCUGGUGUCUGUGCAGACGGCUGCUGAGCUGCUGGAGGCGUUCACGGUGUACGCGGCUGCUGCCGCAGCGGCAGGAGCCAACCUCACAGUGAUUGUGGCUGCAAAUCUGUCAGUAAGCAACAGGACCAUUUUAGUGCCUGUGACCACCAAUGUAACCAUCGCGGGCUCGGCGCUGCUGACACGGCCAGUGCUGGACCUGGGCUUGCUAACUGACGCCUGGUCGCUUGGGCCGGCGGUGGCUGUGGUGCUGGCAAACCUCACGCUGGCAAAUCUGUCUCCCGCCUACUAUAGCCCGGGCUAUGUGUUCUCUCAGUUCGGCAUCCUGUCGGAGCGCGUGUGGGCGUUCCAAAGGUUCGGCCGGCAGUUGCACAUGAACGAUGUCACCUUGGUGGUUGCACCGGAUGAACUCUCCUACUCGCGCUACUGGCUCACAUGGCUUGUGUCGCCAGACCCGGAGGCGAACGCCAAGGCGAGCUGGUUGAAGGUCUUUGACAUCAGUAUUGCGGCCGUCAACUCCACAGGCAUAUACUAUGACAGCUUUACCACGUUCACGGCAACCUACGACCACGUUCGACUCACGUCCACGCUAGGAAACGACUACCCAUUGAUGACACCCGCGCCAUCGGUGCUGCAGCAGCUAUUGACGGACCGCACGCCCCUCACCGCCGUGAACCCGGUCAUGAACACAAGUGAUUUGCUGCUCGCAAUGGUGCCCAACAACAGCGUGCCGGACGACGCGGGGCGGCGCUGGAUAUUCUUCAUAAACAACAUGUCCCUGGCAGAUGGCGGCGUGUGGCCGCACACCGGGGUUGCCAUAUCAGGAAGCAACGUGAUGGGAGUGGGACCUUUAGUGAAAGCCGUGACGAUCGGGUUGGGUGGCCGGGCUGGGUUGCUUGUGGUUCCCAGCGAUGCCAUGCUCACACUGCGUGGGGUGGUGCUCAGCGAGCUCGCGCCUCGCUCCAAUGCCACCGCUUGGGACAGCGCAGACCCGCUGGCAGUGCUGUCCAGCCCGCUGUGGGGCGUGUCGCUGGCCGCGGGCGCCAGCAAGACACGGCUGGAGAACUGCACGCUGGUGGUCAGCGCGGAGGAGCUGCGGCUGCUGCAGCAGGCGUUGGGGGGCAGCAGCGGGGCAGCACAAGCCGGGCGGGCCUUUACCCCAGGCCUGGUGGCCGCUGUGCAGGGCUUCUUUUCUGCUGUGGAGCUGCAGCAGGCAGCAAGCUCCUCUUUGGAAGCGUCGCUGCAGCAGCAGCUGGUGCUUGCCUCAGCUUCGACCGACCGGUACACGCUGCUCAACGUGACACUGCGGCCUGCCACGCCGGCUGAUGGCGCGGGUGCGGCCGCUAACCUCACGGCCGUCAGCGGCGUGUACGCGGAGGAAACGACGGGGAGCGGCAGCUCCAGCGGCCUGGCGGGCUGGGAGGUGGGCGUCAUAGUGGGGUGCGUGGUGGGAGGCGUGCUGCUGCUGGCGGCUGUGGCGGCGUUCGUCUUUGUGUGGCGCAGCAGGCGGGCGGGCGGCAGUGACACUCCUGCGGGUCCGCAAGGCGCAUACGAGAAGUAUCUUCGCGGCAGCGGUGGCGCAGGCGAUCGGCCACCUGGAGCAGCGGCGGACCAGGAGUCCAGGAGUCCAGGAGGCCAGGAGCAGCUCACCAACUCGUCUCACGUGCUGCGGCCUGGGGCGCGCGACAGCGACUUGGAAGCAGCCAUGGCAUCUGCUGGCGCGAAGGCGGGCGUCAAGGGCAGCGGUGCCGAUACCGCCUCUGGUGUCGGCCUGACGGGUCGCAGCUCUGCAUUCAACACCGGCAUCACCACCACUCACAGCAGCAGCCAGGGUGUUUCAGGCGGCCCCAGUGGCAGCAUUGUGCCGUCUCUACCGGACCGCCAUCAUCAUUCGCUGGCGCAGUCGGGGGGCCCUGCCAUGUUGCCUCCUCGCCGCCCCAGCCAUGGCACGGAUUCAUUUAACCAGCCACCCAGCGCAUCUGGUCUGGGGCACCAUGGCCCAGCCGGCUUCAGCCCUAUCGUUGCCUUGGGCAGCACCCGUAGCAGCACGCCCUCUACCGGACCCCAAGGCUCGGCUACGGUCACGGCCUCAGCGUCAGGUGGCGGGCCCGCCGCAGCAUCCGGAGGUGCAGCGGGCGCAUCUGGGGGCGGCGCUCUGGACCAGAUGCACGCCAUGAUCGCGGCGUUUGGUCGGGACUUCAACGACAAACAGCUUGUCGUCCACGGCUUGAUUGGCAAGGGCGCCCACGGAACCGUGUACCGCGGCACGUGGCGCGGAUUAGAGGUGGCGGUCAAGUCUAUGAUCUUUGGGCCGGACAAUUCAACACGCCACCAGCAGCGGCCGCUCAUGGAGGCCGCAAUCAGCUCAAACCUGACGCACGCAAACAUUGUGACCACCUACUCGUACGAGCUGCGCGAGGUGCAGCACGAGCUGGCGUCCCUGUCCCCGGAGCUGUCACAACAGGGCGGCGGCUGGCGCCUGCUCAUCAUCCAGGAGUUCUGUGACGCGGGCCCGCUGCGCAGCCUGGUGGACUGCGGCUUCUUCCUCACGCCGCCCAAGCAGGCGUCGCCGCCACCUGCUCCGGCGCCCGCGCGUGCUAAGCGGAAGCUGCCAGGCAUGUCAUCACUGCUGCGCAAGGAGGCUUCCUCAGGCGCAAGUGCGCAUGCCGACAACGCCAGCGGGCAAGUCGCGAUGACGCCCAGCCGCGGCAGCAGCGGCAGCAGCGGCAAGGGGCGGGCCGUAGAGAGCGGAAGAACGUCCCCCGGAAGUGACCGGAGCAGCGGUGGCAACAAGGCAGGCGCUGAGGCCAGUCCGCAAGCUGGUGUCACUGUCCCUUCGGCGCCUGGCAAUGCCCCCACGGAUGCGACAGGGCACCACCAGCACGGCGGCACCCGGCCUCUGCUUGAGGACAUGCCUGCGGACGUGUCGGGCGGCCGGCCCGCCAGCUCGCUCCAGGCGGCCCUGCGCUACGUGGAGGCCGCGCUGCAGAUCGCACGUGGGCUGCAGCACAUCCAUGACAAAAACAUCGUGCACGGCGACCUGAACCCCAACAAUGUGCUGCUGGUGCGCGCGCCCGGCACGCCGCUUGGGUUCUGCCUCAAGGUGGCUGAUUUCGGGCUGUCAAUCCGCAUGGCUGAGGACGAGUCACACUUGUCCAACUUGUUCCAGGGCACGCCCUACUACUGUGCGCCCGAGGUCAUGCUUUCUGGCAAGAUCGGCAAAAGCGCAGACCUGUACUCUCUGGGCAUCAUGCUGUGGGAGCUGCAGAACGGCACGCGGCCGCCCUGGCGCAUGGGCGUGCGGCUGCGCACCUACCCCUCGCUCAACACGGGCGAGCUGGAGUUUGGACCCGACACGCCGCCGCGGUACGCACGCCUGGCGCGGGAGUGCUUCUCCAGCUCGAAAGAAGCGCGGCCCAUUAUCACGGUGGUAGUCACAACACUGAAUAGCAUUAAAACCGAGCUUGAGGCGCUGCCCCAUUCAUGAAUCUUUGGCAGAACGCAACGCCUGGAUUACCGUAGCUGGUUGGGAUUGCGCGAUCGUGGUCCCCUAAUGCUGGCAAACGCAAUGAGAUUCCAUCCGUGGCGGCCGCAUCUCGUGCACUUGUUAAGUGUGAUACUGGUGGGAUUGAUAUGAUGUUUUGGUAUGUCAUACCGGUAGUGUGCGCUAGUGCACCGGUACGGUCGCUCAUCCACCUGCCUUGAGGCGCCUCCAUUCAUGGAUCAAGUACCGCCGGCAGCAAAGAAUGCCUUAUCCGGAUUUGCUUAGCCUUGGAUACCACGUUUUUGUUCGCUCAGUGCUCAGUGCUCAGUAAGGCAGGCUCAGUGCAGUAGGCUCAGUGCUCAGUGACGGUGCUUCAGUGUGGAAGGCUCAGUGCUCAGUAGUUGCUGGGGGUGCGAUGCGACAGUGAUGGUGGCUCAGUGGGGUAGGCUCAGUGCUCAGUGACAGGGGCUCAGUGUGGAAGGCUCAGUAAGGCAGGCUCAAUGGCUCAGUGCUCAUUGAGGUAGGCUCAGUGCUCAGUGACAGGGGGCUCAGUGUGCAAGGCUCAGUGGCUCAGUGACAAGGGGAUCAGUGGCUCUGUGGGGUAGGCUCAGUGGCUCAGUGCUCAGUGGGGUAGGCUCAGUGGCUCAGUGCUCAGUGGGGCAGGCUCAGUGGCUCAGUGCUCAGUGGGCCAGGCUCAGUGGCUCAGUGCUCAGUGGGGUAGGCUCAGUGGGGCAGGCUCAGUGGCUCAGUGCUCAGUCAGGCAGGCUCAGUGGCUCAGUGGCCCGAAACACCCCGGUCCGUGCGUGCGUGCGCGUGCGUCGGCAAAACAUAGCAUACCGGCGGCGGCGGGGCCGGGCUGAGAGCCUGAACGGCGCUAGCAGGGCGUGGGGCUGAGGGUGCACGUGUCGAUCGAUUGGCGGCGAGUGACGUGACUAGUUUGUUAACUGCGGGUUAGCACGGACUGUGCACCCCACCCAACCGGCCACGUCCGGAUUUGCGGGGAUGCCCAAGGCCCCCAACAUAGUAGGCGCCCGCGUCAAGGUGGCUGGGUUGAUAACGACCCGGGAGGGGAGGGCUCAGCCCUUUUCCUGCCUCCCCAAGGCAGCCACCUCCUUGUUGUUCGCUCACACUUACUGCCGACCUCCGCUUGGCCAAGUUCCUCCGAGACUGGCAUGAACUGUCACCCGCCAUAACGUGAUAGUGAUGGGGAGCUGGCUGGUGCCCCUGGUGACAGCUUCCUUGCAAGUGGUUUGGUUGUGGAUGCACAGGUCGAUGUAGCUGGUGAGUGACGAGUCAUACACUCAUACAUGCCAUUUGGUGCCGUUUAUGCUGCUGGUGCUUCCAAACCAGAUGGCCAGUCCUGGUGUUUGAUACCAGUAUGAUGCAGAUUCAAGCAUUUGUCUGCAAUGCCGCGGCUGCUGUUGGGGGCCUGUGCCCGUGGCCUGUGCCCCAUACUAUGACUGCCGUUGGCUAAACCUUCGGCGGUCGGUGCAGAUUGUGCAGAUGCGGAACACUGUUAGGGUCUUGCAGCCGGGCGCGUCACGGCUACCGUAC